GUUACUAUAGACGACUUCUCAAAUAUGUAAGCAGAUGGGGAAAAAAUCUGCAAAAGACAAAUCUCCAAAAGUUGGGGAUCUCCAUAUUAUUUCAGAUCCAAAGGAUUAUGUUGUGACUGGUAUUUUGGAAAAUGAUUUUCCCGGAUUAUGUAGACAAAUUGGUGUCACUCAUUGUCCUGUUGUGUCCACAAAACACUCCCAAGCCAUAAUUACACAGACAGUGUCUUCUUUACCAUCGUCGAAACGCUCAAAAGAAGACAAGAAAAGUCCUCAGUCUCAACAUUCAUCAGUUACUAAAUAUUCUGACGAAAUACAACCACCAUUAGGAUUUAAUCCUACAACAUUCAAAUUAUGUAAAACAUUGGAAUAUUUGAAACCGAAAAUAAUUGUUCAGCAGGAAAAUCCUGAUAAACCGGAAACAGUUAAUGAAGUUUCUAUAAAAGGUUGGAAAAUAAGUAAUAAUCAAUUGGAUGUAUUAAUCAAAUGUUUUUCUGCUGCAAACAAGCUUUCCAAACUUGUAUUUUGGAGAGUCGGAUUCACAACUGAACAAAUAACUCAAUUAACUUCAUUCUUAUCUACAAAUAAUACUAUAAAGUCAUUAACAAUAGAUGCUAAUGAAGCAUUAGAAAUUGGUUCAUAUGCUCAAUUAAUUGAUGAAUCCAAUAAUUUAACAAAAUUACGAUUAAGAUAUUGUGAAAUUGGACCAAUGGAAGCAAAAUUGAUUAGUGAACGAUUAGGAACAACACAAUCUGUCAAUAAAAAAUUAAUAAGUCUUGAUCUAUCGGGCAAUCGGUUAGGAGAUGAAGGAAUCAUUUAUUUGGCUCAGGCACUAAGAACAAACCGUACUCUACUUACAUUAUCAGUUAGCAACAAUAAAAUUACAGACGUUGGUUGUAUAGCACUAGCAAAAGUUAUAUCUCAAUUUUUCUUAACCCAUGAAGAAAUUGUUUACAGACGAUUAUGUCAUUCAGAGAAAAGCAAAUCUGAAUCUAUUCCACCAAUUUCUAGUCCACCAGGACAUCGUAAAUCUAAAGCAUCUCCCAGUAUACGUGACACAUCGAAAGAAUCCACACAAGGUGUAAGUGGUGCAAAGAAACGCGACAAAUCUGUUCGUGGUCGUAAUGCUAAGGAUAUAGAUAGUAGUAAGGACGAUAAAAGUGGCGGGAAAGGGAAGAAAAGUGAUAGCAGUAAUUCACCUAAAAAAGCUAACCAAGAACAAAGUAGAUCUAGUGGAAAGAGCAAAACAGGAAGAAAUACACGAAGUGCUAAACAAACAUCAGAUACAGAAAGACUCGAGUCCAGUCCCGAAACGAAUGAAUUAAUAAAUCCAAUUCUGGAUAAAGCUAUCUACGUUGAACCAUAUGGAUUAUUGAUUGUUGGCAAUUUUAUGCUAGCGUUCUUGAAUUUAUCACGCAAUUCAAUUGGUAUUAACGGUCUGAAGGCCUUAUUAGAGGCAAUUACAUAUCAAGUGAAUUUAUUAAAUGUUGAAAAUGCAACAACAAACUUGGGCACAGGAAUUUUAACUUUGUUAUUUGAUAAUAAUACAUUCAAUCAAGAUUGUGAAAUAAUAACAUCAAUUAAUGAACUUCUAGCAUCACGUGAUCCUACAACAAGAAAUAUAAAUAAUGAUAAGAACUUGGAUUCAGAAUUAUCGAAUUCAAAUGUAAAGUUAUGAUUAGAUCAAAUUAUGUUGUUGGGAUAUAUAUUUUAUGAAAUACACACUUAUAUAGUUUG